AUGCUGUUUGAAUACGUAUCCGUGGUGAUAUUUGUGAGCGGUCUGUUAAAUUCGAAAGUGAGCGGUGAACCAUUGGGUUACUUGCAAUACGUUCUGGAUAUUCUGGCUGAUGUGGUUCUGAAUGAGACAAAUGGAAUUGGUAUUAACUGUAGACGUCAUCUGGACUACUAUCAAACAGGAUUGGAGACAAAUCGAUUUUGGGCCCUUCAAAUGUUCGACGCCACAAGCAAGCUACCAUCGGGAAUUGGAACAGGAAAUACAGCCGACUUGGGUUCGUUUGAGGAGUGCAUCGAAGUAAAUCAACGGAUAGAUUCCUCAGAUUCUUUCCGAGGACGAUACUGUUUUGGGGAGACGAGUAUGAAUUUAAAGGAGAUAAAUGCGACAAUAACACUGAAACUGGCAAGUUGCUUACCAGACAGCUGUUCCACUGGCGAUGCGUCUACAAUAUACAAGUAUUUCGGACUCAAUUUUUCGUUCCCAGAAAAUUUGUGCCAAGCACUCGUUGAUCGAGAAAAGCUGCGGUUUGGGUUAUCGGAAUAUUGUGGAGUGGUAUUUUUCGGAAUAUUCGCGCUGAUGAUUGCUGCUUCCACAACUUACGACAUCUACUUGUACGCAACUGAAUCUCAAAUCAAGCAUCAGGCACUUGUCGCGUUUUCCAUUCUUAAAAAUGGCAAAAAACUGAUCGCCAUCGAAAACAAUGCCAAACAAAUAACUUGCAUGAACGGAAUUCGAGUUAUCAGCACUAUGUGGAUCAUCCUAAACCACAGAUAUUUCAUACAAUUAUCCUACUUUCCUCUGUGGAAUAACUUCUACAAGGAAACCUGGACGCUCAGUGCAGGAAAUAUGUUUGUGAUAAAUGCACCAAUGGCAGUUGACACCUUCUUUGUACUAUCAGGAAGUCUUGUAAGCUACGUUUACCUCUGCUCCGCCGAGAAAAGCACCUCGUUUCAUAUUUUCAAGUUCUACCUCCACCGGUUUUUGAGAUUAACUCCCGUUUUAGUCGCCGUAAUCGUUUUCAUAGUCACAUUGCUCAGACAAUUCGCAACGGUCCCUCUCUGGUCGAGCAUGAUUCACUCAAAACUGAUUGAGGGUUGCGAAAAGUAUUGGUGGAAGACGCUGUUGUAUAUUCAAAAUUAUGAUCGAACGCCUUCAAUGUGUCUCCCUCACGGUUGGUACUUGAGCAGCGAUAUGCAGUUGUAUGUAGUUUCUCCAAUCUUUCUGCUUGCGUUAUCCAGAUGGCCAAAACGUACCAUUUAUGGAAUCGUCGCGCUCAUUGUUUGUAAUAUAGUUGGAUGCUUUUUGCUAGGUUGGUUUUUUGAGAUUAGUGGUAUAUCGCAGGGAAAUGUAAGCUUUGAAAGGCUGAUGUUAUUCGUCUGGAUGUAUUAUUUUCCCGCCUAUACAAGAGCAGCACCAUGGUUGAUAGGAAUUAUACUGGGCUACCACCUAUACUUGUCCAAAAAGAAGAAGUAUGAGCUGUCUACGAAAAUUGUGGCAAGUUUGUGGAUUCUCAGCUUGAUGGUCAUGUGCGCAAUUGUAUUUGGGGGGCACGAUCUGAUUACUUCAGAAUAUCGUAGGGUGUUAAACGCAAUUUACAUAGCUUUGGUCCGCCCGGCCUGGGCCUUAGCUGUAGCCGCCGUGAUUUUUACAUGUGCCAAUGGUUACGCAGGUCCAGUAAAUUGGUUCCUUUCGUUGCCCAUAUUUGAAGUGCUAUCGCGUUUUACUUACACACUUUACGUUGUACAUUACAUCGUCAUUUUUGUUCUAACAAGUCAAAUGAGGACAACUGUGCUGUUUAGCAACUUGGAGGCGAUGCACCAGUUUUGGGGCGACUUUGCGUUUACGUUUUUCGUCGCGACGCUUGUAACUUUAGCGUUUGAGCUACCCAUGAUCGAAAUUGAAAAGAUCAUAUUUGCAAAGAAGAAAAAUGUAUGAUGGUGGGUCAAAGCGGCCUUAAUUUUGUUUUUAGUUGAGUCUGGAGGACAGUAAAAAUACGGAAGCCGAUCCUAGUAUAAUCUUAAUAAGGUAGCAAAUAUAAUUUCCCAGUACUGGGAAGAGGCUAAGAUUAGUGUGUGACUAUUAUAGAAACUAUUUA